UCGGGCACCCAACAGUUAUAAAUUAUUUAUUGUUAAUCACACUAAUUUGAGGUCUGGCCCUUCCUGCUCCCGAGGGAUUUGCUGUCACCAGGAUUUUGCUUUUUUUUCCUCAGGAUAACUGGGAAAGAGGGUCCGUGCACAUCCCUGCGCUUUUUUUAAAAUGGACAAUAUUUAAUGUUUUGAGUUCCUAUCAUUUCUAGAUUUGUUCCUGAUUUGUUUUUUCUAAUAUCUCCCAGCACAGGUAUCGAUUUCUGCCUUUAUUAUUAAUGUUAUUGUUACUAUUAUUAUUAUUAUUUACAAAUUAAAAACAAAUCGGUGGAAUUGUGUUUUUGCUCUCUCGCCAUUUCCCGCUUUGUGUUUUGAAUUUUCCCAUCCGCGAUUUGCACCUGAGCAUCCGAACCCGAGCCAAAGAAAGACAAAAAUCAAACCAAACCGUGCCCUCCCACAGGGGACAUCCCCGACAUUCCCGGGGCAUCCAUUUCGCAGGGAAAUCCCUUCUCCCUACAGUUCCACAGGGAAUUCUCGUCUCCCUGAUAUUCCACAGGGAAUUCCCUUUCCUCUGAAAUUCCACAGAGCCCUUUUCACUGAUAUUCCACAGGGAAUUCCUUUUCCCUGAUAUUCCACAGGGAAUUCCCUUUUCACUGAUAUUCCACUGGGAAUUCAUUUCCCCUGAUAUUCCACAGGGAAUUCCCUUUUCCCUGCAAUUCCACAGGGUCCUUUUCCCUGAUAUUCCACAGGGAAUUCCUUUUCCCUGCAGUUCCGCUGGGGCUGCUCUCCCUGGCUUUAAAACCAUCCCCAGGCUCUCUUUGGAGCGGCUUUGCCCAGCUGACAGAAACGCUCAGGGUGCAUCAAAGGGGAGGCGUUUAUAAUCGAAAAAUUACUGAAAAAUUACUGAAACCCCUCAAAAUGCAUUUUAGAAAUCAUCCAACCCUUUUAUUUCUCCUCUUUCCCCCCUGAAAGCGGCGUUUCCCCAAAGAGCUCAGGGAUGGAAAUCACUCCCAGAGAGGGGAAGCAGAGCUGGGAUUGGGGCCAUGGGCACAGAACACCCUCCAAGGAUGCUCUCCCAAAAAAACCCAUUCUGGACUCAUCUGGAUCCCAAAAUUCACAUCCUUGUCUUCAAAUCCUGGGGGGUUUGUGAGCAAAGAAAUCCCGGGGGACGCCGAGGGGCGGCCGCGACCCCUGAGAUCCGCGGGGAGCUGAAGGAGGGCGAGGGCAGCGGCCCCGGCGCCGAGCCCCGGGCGCGGGGCGGGAACCGCGCCGGGCGCUCCAAUCAACCCGGGAGGGCCGGCCCGGGUCGGAUAAAAGCGGGGCCGGGCCGGGCCGGGCUGCGGCGAGCCCCGGAGCGGGGAUGAGCGGCGGGGGGCACAGCCGGGCCCGCAGCCCCCCGGCCAUGAGCGGCUCCCCCGGGGCCGCCCCGCAGCCCCGCGCCGGCCCCGCCCGGCCCCGCACGUCCUUCCUCAUCCAGGACAUCCUGCGGGAGCGGCCCGGGCGCGCCGGGAGCGCGGGGCGGGGAGAGGCCGGCGGGGAGCGGAGCGGGGCCAGCCCGGCCCCGGGGGUCCCGCCCGGGAGUCCCCAAACCCCGGGAGACCCGGGGACACCGCAGGGACCGGACACAGGGAUUUUUCCAGGCUCUUCACUCGCCCCUCUUCCCUCCGCAGACGCCGCGCUGGAGCCGCUCCUGCCCGCCCGUGGCCCGGCGGCCCCGCGGGCUCCCCGGCAGGGAAAGCGCUCCCGAGCCGCCUUUUCCCACAGCCAAGUGCUGGAGCUGGAGCGCAAAUUCAGCCACCAGAAAUACCUGUCAGCCCCGGAGAGAGCGCACCUGGCGCGGCACCUGCAGCUCACCGAGACCCAGGUGAAGAUCUGGUUCCAGAACAGGAGGUACAAGACCAAGAGGAGACAGGGGAUGGCCGGGAUGAGCCGCACGGACUCGCGUCAGGAGGCGCCGGAAUUCCCGGGAAUGUCGCUGCUGGCGCUCAGGGCAGCCUGGCCCUACCUGCCCUGCCUGUACCACGCCAAUUCCUGGAGCCCCUCCUGGUAGAAAUGGCUUUUUUUGGGGUGGAAAUAUCCCUAAAAUUCGGGUUUUCCUUAAAUCCAGAGGGGAGAGAUUUCAGUGUGGCAUUUUGUAGUGGCAGUGUCAAAUUCUCUCAUUUCUAACGCUGAAAUAACCCAAAAAGAGCCCCGAAAUUUUAGUUGGAAUGCUCUGGGGACUCCUAGAAAAUCCAUCCCUGGGGAUUCACAGGCGAAUUCCAUCCCUGGAAGCAUCCCCAGGAAGCACCAGAAUUCCCGGGAAUGUCGCUGCUGGCACUCAGGGGAGCCUGGCCCUACCUGCCCUGCCUGUACCACG